UGAAGCAGUUACUCAGUCUCCGCUCGCCAGGCGUCCGGCUCACAUCAACAGCUCAACUAUUUCUCUCUCUUCCGCAGGAGAAGACGAAAGAGCUUGCAGCGAUACAGAGAGAGCAUGCCAGUGCCGGUGAGGAUGGUGAGGGCACGGCUCCGGUCGGGAUGGCGGAGCUGAUCCCAGGCCUGCAGCCUCUGGUCUACUGGAUGGCCAACGCCAUCGAGCUGCUGCACUUUGUCCAACACGAGGUGCCUCAACUGCUGGCGUGGGAGCAGCACGUGGACCUGAGCGGUUGCCAGAGCGAGCAGCUACUGUCCACCAAGCUGGCCAGUGAAGAGGCCAUGACAGUGCUGGAGGAGGUCAUCAUGUUCACCUUCCAGCAGUCUGUGUACUACCUUACCAAGACCCUGUACACCGUGCUGCCUGCGCUGCUGGAUAGCAACCCCUUUGCUGCCAACUUGGCUCAGCUCAGCGUGCCUCAAGGGGUCAACAAGGUGCUGCUGGUCUUCCAGGACACACUCGGCCUGCUGAAGCAGUAUCAGGUUCACUCCGACAUCACAUCCCAACUCCUCGCCUAUCUCUUCUUUUUCACAAACGCCUCCCUCUUCAACGCCCUGAUGGAACGAGGUUCAGGUGGAGGUUUCUACCAGUGGUCACGAGGUGUGCAGAUCCGGGCCAACCUGGACCUGCUGCUGGACUGGGUCCAGGACGUGGGGCUCGGGGAGCUCGCCACCGACUUCUUUGUCAAGUUGUCGACGGCGGUCAACCUGCUGGCCACGCCCAAGGAGAACCUGCUGCAGGCCAGCUGGGCUUCUCUGCGGAGUGACUUUUGCAGCCUGAACGCGGCCCAGCUCCACCACAUGCUGCGGGAGUACAACCCCGGUCGUCCGUGCCCCCCAGUGUGGAGCCCCCCACCCGAGGACCAGCCGGCAGCAUUGACCACAGCGGACAUCCUGGAGAGCUUUGACAACCAUCCGCCCCUGAUCCUGCCGUGCAGCACAUUUCACAUCGAGCUGGCCAAGCCCAUGGCAGAGUGGGCAGACCUGGCCUCACACCUCCAGCGGCUCACGGACUUUGUGCAGGGGCUGCAGCUGCCAGAAGACGCCAGUGCAGCCCACACCCAGCAGACUGCAGCAGCAGCAGCAGCAGCAGCAGCAGCGGUGGUGGGAGAGAGCAGCAGCGAGUGUGCAGACGUUGGCGAGGUUCUCGGAGACCCACCCUGCCCCCGGGAGCUGCAGCCCCCCUGUAGGGAGAAGGAUGUGAGGAUGGGUCGCUCCCUGUUCCGGGCCCAGGCCUCUGGCAGCCUGCGAUCCUGCCAGGCCGAGCUGGCACACAAGCUGAAGAACCUGCAGCUGCAGAGCAGCCUCCCUGGGCAUCAGGAGCUGGGCCACAAGCUCGCUCUAGACCCAUCCUGCCUCCUCACCCCACCCAACACACCACAGGUGCUGGAGCUGGCCGAGUGUGAGGCAGAGGCCCAGUGCCCCGAGGCUGCCGGACACACGGCUAUUGGUGGCCGCACACAGCCAGGCCAUGGCCACUGGUCACAAGAUAGUCCCAGCUCCCAGCAGGACCAGACGGAUGAUGAGGUGUUCACUGUCCAAUUGGAGCGAGGAGAUCAUGGUCUGGGCCUGGCACUUGUGGAUGGACAGAGCACGCCGCUGAACCUGAGUGGGAUCUACAUCAAGUCGCUGGUCCCGGGCUCCCCCGCUGCCCGGUGCGGGAGACUGAGGCUGGGAGACCGCAUCCUGGCUGUCAAUGGCAUCAGCCUGGUUGGCAUGGAUUACCAGAGUGGGCGUGAGCUGGUGCGUGUGACGGGGGAGUCGCUGUGGCUGCUGGUGGCGCGGACUGACCGACAGGCUGCGUUGAAGGUGCUGACCUCGAGCUGCUGAUGUGAUGCUGGGCUGGGGCUCCUGGUGAACGGUGUGGACACAGCCCCAGCUGCCCCAGCUGCCCCAGCUCCUGCACAACAACACACACACACACACACACACACGGCCCGGUUACUGCCGUUACCCCGGGCACUGGGACAGGCGAGGGGUGGCACUUGUGGGAGAAACCCCCCCCCCCCCCCUGGGCUGUACCCCCUCUGGAGCCAGGACGCUGGGCCGGCUGCUUUGGAGACCAGUCGGUGACUACAGUGGAUUAACCCUGGAUUUUGAAGAUGAAGUUGGUGUUGGCUGGUUUGAAUGUUUAACGUUGUUGUAUAGCUCCAGCCUGCACUAAUCAAAUAAAGUAUUAUUGACCAGUUAUUCUAAA